UUCACACGCCAUACGGCUAUUGUCAACGGUUUUACAGGUUGUGUAGUGUCGUGUUUGUAUUUAGUGCGUUCUGUAAAGAUGUCUUCAAUGAAAUGGAUAGUGUGGGCGCUCGUUAUUGCAUCCUUAAGUAUGCGACAUUCAGAAGCUGCGCCUGCACCGCAAGAAGAUGCGUCACCACCUAUGCCAUAUGAGUAUAAAUACGACGUGGAAGACCAAGAGAAGGCUCUAUACUUCGGUGCCAAUGAAUCUGGGGAUGCACAAGGAAAGGUGAUUGGAGGGUACAAAGUGUUACUGCCUGAUGGAAGACUGAUGACCGUGGAAUACACGGUGGACGGUGAAAGCGGAUUUGUUCCCAAGAUCAGUUUUCAGGAAAAUGCUAACCCCUUCGGCAAAACAAAGUAGACAAUAUAUAGAAAUAUCGUAAGACUGUUGCAAUGAAUGUACAAUUCAAUUAAUUCCAUUUUAAUGAAUCC